AUGUCAGGUCGCAAAGAUGGGGGUGACUCCUCCAGCGACUCUGCGGCGGAAGACAGAACGAGGUCAAGAGAAGAGCUCGUGGCCCUGAGGACGCAAGUUAGCUCGCUGACGGAUCAGAUGAUCCAGCUAAUGUCGUUAGUGGAAGAUACCAUGAAGGACGGGAGGUACCUGCGCGAACCUGUUCGAGAGUCUGGCCCGUCAGGGCGACACAUCGGCGAAGCAGGAGGCUUUGUCCCCCAAGAGGUGAGAGUAGCCGCUGCUCACAACCAAGAUCAUAGUAGUGCCAUGCGAGAUGGUGGUGCUGUUGUCGGCUUUGGAUACGGAGCCACAACCCCAGCGACGGGGUACCAAAGUGUGCGGUACACUACUCCUCCGUUCAGCGGAAAAUCGAAAGAUUUCAACGAAUGGCUAAAUGAUUUCCGCAUGGCAGCUAAUGGCGCAAACCUAUUGGAACAAUUUGAAGAGAGCCGGAGCUUGGAGAUCCCCGUCAACAGCGGAAAGAGCAAGUUUUCGCUGUCACAGCAGUACCGGAGCGAGCAAGUAGAGCUCGCAUUCCACGCGUGGAACUUCCUGUCUCACGCGUUGAAAGAAAAUGUUCGGAAAAUCAUGAAGAGGGCAGAGACGCCCCAGGGAGCUCUUCGUAAGCUCAAGACCAUACACGACCCUGAAUUAUCUGUGCAGCCGUUAGAGGACCUCAAGUCCCUGACGUCGACCAAAAUCUCUAGAGGUGAAACCCCCCAAAACGCCCUCAAUGAGAUGCUCCGAAUCGCAAAGUCCUUAACCGAGAAAGGACUAACUGUCAACGAAACGUUCGUCCUUCACCUCUUCCUGGAUGCCGUUUCGGACGAGUAUGCCAUGACAAAGCACAACCUGCGACACGCGAAGGAGUUGACGCGGACCGGUGUGCUAAAGGAAGUAAUGAUCGAAUGCAUGGCGAUCAAGGACAAGCUGGAGCAGGGGAAAGGAAAAGGGGCGAAGGGCGCAGAGCAAGCGUACUUCGCCGACGGUGAGGGCCGCAGGGAGCGGUACUCAAGCAGGAGUCAGGGGCAAGGUCGUGGUCGUGGCGGCGGCCGUGGCCGCAGCAGCAGUCGUGGCCGCGGCGGAGGCGGUCGCGGCGGCCGCUCAGGCGGAUCCGGAGGAGUCGAGGAGCGUAAGGGAAGCAGCAGUGGAGGCGCUGAUGGCGGCGGUGGCGGGGACUAUAAGUUCCCGGGCCGGUGCUUUAGGUGUGGACAUCGUGGACAUCAAGCGAUCGGCUGCACUACCAACGAGAAGGACUUCGUGCCGUGGUGUGCGCGCUGCGAGGGGUGGGGCCACACCAAAGAAAAGUGCGCGACGGAGGAGGCCGUCCUAGCGCAAGUGGUGGAGCAUGAGAGCGACGUGGACUCCGUGGAAGACCAGGCGUUUUGUGCCGUGGCAGUCCCCCCAGGCGAGUGUGGUACCGUUGGUGAAGUAGGUCUAGUGGGGGUUGUGGAACAAGGCCAGGCGGUGUACGUGGCCGACACAGCGGCCACGUGCUCCAUGUUCCGAUGUGCAGACAACUUCGUGAACUACCGUGAGCGUAGCGGUUGGGUGAAGGGGAUCGGAGGCGACAAGGCCCCCGUUCCUCUUCUAGGAUACGGAGAUGUGACCUUAGUCCUACAGGCGGAAGAUGGUGGAGUACCCGUACCAGUACUGAAUGCUGCCCAUGUACCAGAGGCCCCCUACAACCUCCUCUCGCUGUCUUCGUUGGCGGAGGAGGGCCACACGUAUUCGGGGAUGAAGGGGGGCCUCACGCUGACCACGAAAGCCGGGGGGGAGGUGUGGUUCCCCCGGACUGGAAAGCUGCUGACCCAACGAGGCUAUCAAAUAAAGCCAACGCUACACACCACCUGUGCCGCACUCAUUGUUCCUGGCGAUGCGAAAGCAGCCAACCCCACUGACCUCAACGAGUACCACCUCGCGCACGGCCAUGCCCACGAGACAUUGCUCAGGAUCACGGCGGAGCAGCAGGGAGUGCAGCUGACGGAUGGACCGCUGCUACCCUGUCUUGGCUGUUCGAUGUCCAAGGCACAGGUGAAACCCGUCCAGAAGUGCACGAGCACACGCGCAGUUCAGAAUUUUUUUCGCGUGUAUCUCGACUUGGAGGGAACGAUGAAAACCAGGAGCAUUGGUGGCAACUGGUACACACUGAUCAUCAGAGACGAUUUCUCCCGUUGGACGCGUGUUUUCUUCUUGAAACACAAGUCUGACGCAGCGGUUGGGUUUGAGAAGUUCCUGGCGGACUACCGAACGAACGGGGUUCCGUGUGAGGAUUUUAUCGCACGUGCCGACGGUGGCGGCGAGUUCCAGGGGCAGUUUGCGGAAGUUUGCCGCAGACACGGCAUCAAACAAGAGUUCACCCCCCCUCACACCCCAAAAUACAACGGUGUAGCGGAGAGAGCGCUAGGGUUGAUCACUGAUGCCGCGCUUGCGUCGCGCAUCCAAGCGACGCAACUGUUCCCCGACGCACCGAACCACCCCGGGUUGUGGGCCGAGGCCAUUUCGUGUGCAUGCCAUCAGCUGAACUGCACCGCCACUAAAUCAAACGAGGGAGACAAAUCCGCCUACGAGAUGUUCCACAACUCCCCAUCGCCUGUCGGGUCUACAUACCCGUUUCUCAAACCAGCCAUGUUCAAGUUGAGAAGAAAAGCAAAGUCGCAACCCAAGGGGGAAAAAGGAUGGUACCUUGGUCCUGCCCACAAUCACCCCCGUGACUGCAAGCCGAGUGAUGUGGAAGCAGUACCGAUGACGUACAAGGAUGUGAUGUGUUCCAAGUACGAGGUUUUCUGGGAGGCGGCCAUGAAGACAGAGAUAGAUGGCCACGACAAGACUGGAACCUUUACCAAGGUCAAGGAGCUGCCCGAGGGGCGGAAGGCCAUAGUCGACUCCAAGGCCCGUAUGGUUGCGCGGGGUUUCUCUCAAAUCCCCGGCAUCGACUUCCACCACUCAUCCGCAGCGUGCCCGUCUGCAGCGUCUAUCAAGACGGUGAUUGCCGUAGCCACUGAAAAGGGCAAGAAACUCGCUCACUGGGAUGUGAAGCAAGCGUACAUCUACGCUAAGCUAAAAGGAGAAAUAUGCCUCAGGUUCCCGGAAGGCUGUGGUAGCAUGUACGGCAAGGUGGUCAAGGUUGAGCGUGCCCUGUAUGGCCUAAAGCAGAGUGGCCGUGAGUGGAGGUUUGAAGCUGCCGAUGCCCUCAUCGAGAAUGGAUACGAGCAUUGCAGGGUUGACCGGUGCGUCUUCCGGAAGGUGGUGGAUGGAGAGGUCGUAGGUCUCAUCGUGAUCUACGUUGAUGACAUCCCAGUGGCGGCAGACGAGGGAGAGCGCGAGGAGUUGUUCGCUUCCCUCAACAAGAAGUUUCCGGUGAAAGAUCUGGGAGUGUUUGAAGCUGCCGAUGCCCUCAUCGAGAAUGGAUACGAGCAUUGCAGGGUUGACCGGUGCGUCUUCCGGAAGGUGGUGGAUGGAGAGGUCGUAGGUCUCAUCGUGAUCUACGUUGAUGACAUCCCAGUGGCGGCAGACGAGGGAGAGCGCGAGGAGUUGUUCGCUUCCCUCAACAAGAAGUUUCCGGUGAAAGAUCUGGGAGUGUACCUAACAGCAUUCAUUGAGAGUAUGCUGAAGCGGUUUGAUGUGACCACGGCCGCUUUCGCCCCUGCUGCCACCGAUGCCGACCUAGGGCCGAAAAAAGAUGACGAGCCCACGGUGGAUAAGCCUGUGAUGGAGGCGAUCGGACGCCUGAUGUGGACGAAGCUCAAGAGGCCAGACAUCGCCCUGCCUCUGAACAAGCUCCAGAAAAUCGCCCACUCACCCACCGGGAGGAUAUGGAACGCGCUUGUGCGGAUCAUGUCCUACCUCAACGUCACGAAGGACUUCGGCAUCACCUACGUGCGGGGGUCAGGACUAGACCUAAGGGAGUUCGUCGAUGCCAGCUACGCUGACAACGAAGUAGACAGGCGUUCUACGACCGGGCUAGCUGGCGUGAAGGAGGCGUUGUUUGUGCGUGGCGUUCUGUCGUUCAUAGCGCCCGAGACGAGUGGGGCGAAGAUCAAGGUCCUUGAGGACAACAAGGGACUCUUGCCUUAA